CUCACAUGAUCUCACAUGACACCGGCGUUCUGCCGCGCGGCGCAGCGCGCCCAGCCAAAAAUAGGUCCGGGGCCGCGGGGCAGCCGGACAUGUCGUUGUUCGUCCAUAAAUAGAGUUAUGGCAGCAGCGCCGGGCCACUAAAUCAACAUGAAGAUGCUUUGGCUGGUGGUGCUGUGGUGCCCAGCGGCAGCAGAGAUGAGGCGUCGGCUCUGUCAUGCUGGCGGAGUCGACCGGGCUGAUUGUGCAAACUGCAUGAGCUAUUGCGGUGUCUGCGCCCCAGAGUGCGGGACACCCGCGCCGACGGCAACACCCGGACCGACACCGGACGGAUGCGCGAUGUACGUAGCUGGUCCCGUCGUUGCGUACAGCGGUAACAAGGUGGCGACCGUCGAUUCGCUCCAGAACUACGAGCUCACGUUCACGAUGGAGCUGGCGAGCGACUGGAGCAUCACGAACAAGUUUCAGUCAGUCCUUCAUAUCGGCAGUGCGGAUCAGGACCGCUUCCCUAAUAUACUGUUUAACCCUUCGCAAUAUGGUUCAGGUUUGCAUGUGGCGCAGUCAUACGGCGACUGCUCCCCUAGCUUCUGCCAGUGGUACCUUGGAACAGGAAGCUUCGCUGCAGCAGGCGGAACCUACGAGAUCAAAGUGGUCGUCGAGAAUAACCAGAUGACGGUGUACAUCGACGGCGUGAACCGCGGCUCCAAGUCGGGGAGCGCGACUUAUGCUGCGGCAAACGCGGCGGUCUACGUCGGGGAUCCGUGGUACGACGCGGCCGCAGUGACGCUCUCUCACAUCUGUUUGAAGGAGAUUGUAUACCCGUCGCCCGCGCCGGUGAUCGUGUACGUCGACCGGGAGAUGUCUUGGGAGGACGCGCGCGCGCACUGCCGCGCGAACCACCACGACCUCGCGUCGAUCCACAGCGCUAGCGAGAAUGCGGAAGUCGAUGCGCUUUGUCCUGGUCGGUGCUGGAUCGGAGGGUCCGAUGAGGCCCGGGAGGGCACGUGGACGUGGUCGGACGGCACCGCGUGGGACUACACGAACUGGUAUCCCGGUGAGCCCAAUGAUGCUGGUAGUGGUCAAGAUUUUCUACAUAUAUAUGGAAUGUGGGAGGGCCGUUGGGACGACACGUAUGAACAUUUGUUGCAACCAUUCGUGUGCAGUACAAGGUCUCGUGGCACCGACGAAGAAGACGACGACGACGACUCGGACGGCGACGACUCAGACGGCGACGACUCGGACGGCGAUGCACUCGUUGUGAUCCUGUGCGUCAUCGGCGCCUUCUUUGGCGGUGCCGUCUUUGUCGGUGCAACCGUGAACAAGUGCGCCGCCAAGAGCGCAAAGGUCGCGGCGACGACGGGCGCCGCGGCGGUUCCCAACGCUGCGACCGACGACGGCGACAUGAUCACCGUCGAGGCGCCCCCCGGGACGCUGGGCCUCAAGCUUGACGGGACGUCCACGAGAGUCAAAGAGGUCUUUUCCGACUCGCCUUUGGUGGGAAAGGUCUACCCCGGCGACGUUCUAAAGAGCGUCGACGGAGUCGUUGUUACCGGCGGCAAAUGCUUAACCAACGCGGUCGCCGCGGCCGACGACGGCACGAACCCGCGAACGCUCGUGUUUCUGCGAAAACAACAGCCCGCGCCGCCCAUGCGCCCAGCGACCAUCGUCCGCAUGGGCACCGUGGAAGCGAUCCACGCCUCCGACGCUUCCGCAGCGCCUCCGGUGCAGGCGACGCUCGUCCCCCACGCCACCGUUCUCUCGGUCCAACAACACUGACUCUUUCCCUGAUCUUCCGCUUCCACCGAAUCUACUCUCCACUACCUUAAUUUUAAGCUUGAAAUUA